AUGGCACCGCGAGGCUUCACAAAUCCUGCACCUAAGACAGAGUCAGCGCGCGCCGCGCUGAGCGCCUUCACAUGCUCGCUAUGCAACAAGUCAUACGCGCGGCACCCGGAGUAUGAAGCGCAUAUCGGGUCCUAUGACCACCAGCAUCGACGACGACUUCAAGAUCUAAAAGAGCUAUCGCGCGACCCCAACGCAGCAGAGAAGGCUCGACGCGCCGAGCGCAAAGCAGAUGAGCAGAACGGGCUCACCGUCAUUGAUACGCCAAAUGCCGAUACAUCUAAUACUCUUAAUAAGGGGAAGGGGGGCUUCAAGAAAGGCGGUUUCAAAAGUUCUUUCGCCGCAGUAAAAGGUCCCACGGCACCAGCGAAGAAGAACGUUUUAGGCGACGAUGACGACGACCCCCCCUGA